GCAGUGGUGUAAAACAAGGAGCCCACCUAGCCAGCGUUCCAGCCUAGGCAGCGGCAGAGAAACAUCUCUCUGCGUUGAACGAAGCUAGCUUCACCAGGUGACCGAGUAGCCUAUCAUUCUCUGCCGGAGACAUGGGCUCCCCGUAACUGGAGGUGGAGGGGAGAGGAGGGCGGGCGGGGGGUGGGGGGGAGAAGAGAAAAGAGCGAGAGAGAGGAAGAGAGAGAGAAAGAGAGAGAGAAAAGGCGACUAGGAACCGAAGAAGCACUCCCACCGUGGGUGCCUGCCACCAUGGGAGCCUUGCAUCACUUGCCCGAGCCGUUGCUUCGUCCAUGGGCCAUGUCGUGAUCCGUGGGCUCUGCCAGCGGGAUUUCUGUCAGUGAUCCUAGCCGCCAAAGAGAGGGGGAGAAGAUGUCCGCCUCGGUGGGCCCUCCGGGCGGCGCGCGUCCACCCGUCGUGCCGGCGUCCAUGCCCGAGCCGGACCUGAGCCAUCUGACGGAGGAGGAGAGGAAGAUCAUCAUGGCCGUGCUAGCUCGACAGAAGGAGGAGGAGGAGAAGGAAGAGGCCAUGUUAAAGGAGGAGAAGCCCAUCCAAGCAAGAACUGUGAACCUGGUUGGGCAGAAGAAGCCUCCUCAGCAAAACGAUGUCCGAGGUAUCCAACAGCAGAUGUCGAGCUACAGGGAGACGGUGCGGCGGGUGGGGGAGGAGACGCGCCGGCAGACCACCACGGGUCAGCACCGGGACGACGCUCCCACCUGUGGCAUCUGCCACAAGACCAAGUUUGCUGACGGCUGUGGCAGCCUCUGCUCUUACUGCCAGACCAAGUUUUGUGCCCGCUGCGGAGGGAGGGUGUCCUUGCGCACCAACAGUGAGGACAAAGUGGUGAUGUGGGUGUGUAAUAACUGCCGUAAGCAGCAGGAGAUCCUCACUAAGCCAGGGGAGUGGUUCUCAGGUCCAGGGAAGCCAGGUCUAGGCUCAGGCAUCAGUGACCCGGCCAUGUGUGGCCUGAACCCCGGUGACAAGAAGCUCCGUUCCCACUUCCAAGUCCCCCUGGGGCCCCUCGACCCCAAUCACCCCGGUGACCCAGGACUGGCACCCGGAAUGGACCCCCGCUCACGUAGCGAGCCGCCGAGAAAGCCGGGCGAUCAGAACGUUAAAGGUCGAGGUGAGCGUCGGCCGGGUCACCCCAGACUCCAUACCCAGGUGUCAGUGGAUCGGGACCAGUGGGAGCGGGAGCGGAGGGAGGGCCGACGGCUGAGUAAGGGCCGCUCUCUGGAACACGACCCUGUGGGAGUGGGGGUCCCCCGAUGGACAGAGGAGGGCUACCACAUAGACCCCAAUGCCCCCCGACAUUUAGCCCAGCCCCAGCCAGGGGAGCCACUGGGGGGCAGGCACCCUCUACAGCCCCAGGGGCGAGGCAGGGGGGUUGGGAUGGGGAUUGGGUUUGAGAGUGUUGGGGGCAUUGGGGGCCAGCCCGAGGCUAUGCUGUGCCAGAGGACGGUGGUGGGGGGCACUAGGGGGCCACAGGGCCAUGGCCCUACACAGCUCCAGCCCCCAGAACUCAGGGAGCCCCCUGGGACAGGCCCGGGCCCCGGACCCGGUCAGGAUCCCCUCCUGCGCCGGUCCAAACGGGAGAAGGCUGAAAGCAUGCUGCGCAAUGAUUCGCUCAGCUCGGACCAGUCAGAGUCUCUGCGGCCGCCCCCGCCACGGCCCUACAAGUCAAAACGUGGCGGUGCCGGGAAGAGACAGACAUCUGUCAGCAGCUCAGAGGAAGAGGGAGGGACCACGCCGGAGUAUAGCAGCUGUGAGGAUGCCGAGAUUGAGAGUGUCAGCGAGAGAGGUGAGAGAGGGGACUGGGAGUGCUACCCGCUGGACCCCACUGUGUGGCAUCAUCCGGUGACAUGGCAGCCGUCCAAAGAGGGUGACCACCUAAUUGGCCGAAUCACCCUGAGCAAGAGGAGUGCUAUGCCCAAAGAGGCCGGAGCACCGCUGGGGCUGAAGGUGGUUGGGGGAAGGGUCACAGAGGCGGGCAGACUGGGAGCCUUCAUCACUGUAGUCAAGAAGGGCAGUCUGGCCGACAUCGUGGGACACCUUCGAGCAGGGGAUGAGGUUCUGCAGUGGAACGGCAAGAUGUUGCCAAGAGCAACUCAGAAAGAAGUUUAUAAUAUCAUUCUCAAUUCCCAAGCAGAACCUCAAGUGGAACUAGUGGUGUCCCGGCCCAUUGGUGAUAUCCCAAGAAUCCCAGACACGUCCCACCCUCCAUUAGAAUCUACCCUCACAGCAGGUUCCAGUUCAUUUGAGUCCCAGAAGAUGGAGCGGCCAUCUAUAUCGGUCAUGUCCCCCACCAGCCCCAGUACACUUAGAGACCACCCACAGCAAAUGCCUGGACAGCUUGCAGUACUGCCCGGACAACUUUUAGUCAAGCUGUGGUAUGAUAAGGUGGGACACCAGCUGAUUGUGAACGUGGUACAGGCUACAGAGCUGCCUCCCCGCCCGGACGGGCGACCCAGAAACCCCUACGUCAAAAUGUACUUCCUGCCAGACCGAAGCGAUAAGAGCAAGCGGAGGACUAAGACAGUGAAGAAGAGUGGAGAGCCAAAGUGGAACCAGACGUUUGUGUACUCCCACAUCCACCGCAGAGACUUUCGCCAACACAUGCUAGAGCUGACCGUGUGGGACCAGCCUCGCUUACCUGACGAGAAUAGCAUGUUCAUGGGAGAGAUCCUAAUAGAGCUGGAGACAGCCCCGUUGGAUGACAAGCCUCACUGGUACAAGCUGCAGACCCACGACGUGUCGUCUAUCCCCCUGCCCUGGCCAUCCCCUUACAUGCCCCGCAGAAAUACAGACACACCCAGCAAGAAGCUGCAGCCUGCCGAGAGGGGUUCGCGGGAGAGGGGGAGGCAGCAGAAGGAUCCCCACGCCACUACUCUGGAGGUGCCGGAGCAGAAGAGGACACCCCAGCAUCGCUCUCGAUCUGUCUCUCCUCACAGAGAGGAACAGGGCAGGGGGCGAUCACGACCCGCCAAUGUGCCCACCCAGAGGAGUUUGGAUGAUGAGAUCCACCAUAGUAGGAGGUCUCGUUCUCCCACCCGCUACUACGACUCUACCAGAGGACACUACCAGGAGCAGGACUAUGUAGAUGACAGUGAGGUCAUCCUGAUCCACCAGUCAAUGCGGGGCAAAAGUGCAGAAUGCCUACACACUGAAAGUGAUCUACAUACCUCUCUGGACAGGGUUAAGACUAGGAGUGCUAGCACCAACUGUCUGAACCCAGAAAGGAACCAUAGUGUUCCUUCACCAGAUCCCCAAAGCUGCUCCCAGUCUCUGCCCCGCAGACGCCCCGCCAGCCCCAGGAUUCUAAUCCAACACGCCUCCCCAGAAGACGACAGCAAGUGGAUGAUGGAACCUCUAGUACCUAGACAGGAGACAGUUAACCACCUCAGUGCAAAGAAGAGGCAAACUCGGAGCCUGGACUCAUCCACCUGUCACACUCUGGGCAAGAAGCUCCCUGACAACGACAGGGGCCACCUCCAAGGUGGUGCGUCUCUGUCCUCCUCAGUGAUGUCCUCGUCAGCAGCUCGCAGGGUCAGACAACUCCCACAGGUCCCAGACAAGAGCAGCAGCCCCGUAGAGCAAGCCCUAGCAGCAGAAGAGCGUGUUCGUCAGCUCCAGAUGAAGGUGCAGCAGAGGGACUCCUACAGGAGUUCUGCUGCUCCGUCCACUUCCAGCAGGGAUGUGGAGAGGGUGCUCAAGAGCAAACGCGAGGUCAGUCACCUGUCACUUGAGCUGUAUAAGGACCAGAGGAGAACCAGCUGUGAGAACGUAUCCCGCAAGUCUUCAGACAGUGAUGUCAGCGACGUGUCAGCCAUCUCUCGCACCAGCAGUGCCUCCCGCAUCAGUAGUACCAGCUACAUAUCCAUCCAGUCAGAGAGACCCCGGGGACGCUUCAACAAGGCGAUGCGUGCGUCAGGCCGCAGCAUGUUGAAGAGCACCAGUGUGAGCGGUGAGAUCUAUGGCAUUGAGCACACUGACGGCAGCCAAUCAGAUACAGCAUUGGGCGGGGGCAAGAAGCGGCGCUCCAGCCUCAGCCAACGGGUGGUGGCCAUUGUGGGCCUGCCCUCCAGACGCAGCUGCAGCACCUCACAACUCACCUCCCAGAAGGCAGUGGUGGUGGAUACUAAGAAGAAGGGCAAGAAAAAGAACAAAAUUCAGAUCCAGCGGAGUACAGAGGUGGGCAUGGCUGUAGAGUACCCCCGCUCUGCCAUGAACCGCCAGGCCAGCAGAGACUCAACUGACGGCAGCAUGAACAGCUACAGCUCUGAGGGGAAUCUAAUCUUCUCGGGGAUGAGGCUGGGGGUUGACAGUCAGUUCAGUGACUUCCUGGAUGGCCUUGGCCCCGCCCAACUGGUGGGCCGGCAAACAUUAGCCACACCCGCCAUGGGAGAUGUUCAGAUCGGAAUGAUGGACAAAAAAGGCCAGCUAGAGGUGGAGGUGAUUAGAGCCCGUGGCCUUACCCCCAAACCAGGGUCCAAAUCACUCCCAGCUCCCUAUGUCAAGGCCUACCUGCUGGAUAACGGAGCCUGUAAAGCCAAAAAGAAAACCAAGAUUGCACGUAAAACCCUGGAGCCUCUCUACCAGCAGGCCCUGCUGUUUGAGGAGAGCCCACAGGGGAAAGUCCUCCAGGUAAUAGUCUGGGGCGACUACGGGCGACUGGAUCACAAAUGCUUCAUGGGAGUUGCACAGAUCCUAUUGGAGGAGCUGGACCUCUCCAGCACAGUGAUUGGCUGGUACAAAUUGUUUCCUCCUUCCUCAUUGGUGGACCCUACCUUAGCCUCGCUUACGCGGCGGGCGUCCCAGACAUCCCUGGACAGCUCAGGACCAGCUGGUAUGCGCUCUUAGUGACCACAACGCAACCACAACCCCAAAUGGAAAACAACCAAUGGACCACAACUGACCAGAGUGCAUGACCACAUCCCUAGGGCCAAGAUAGACCUUAAGCAAAUCAAAGCCAGACAGAGAGAUAUAGAUAUACAGAGAAAGAGAGGGAGAGAGAGAACUAGCCAAUCAAAGUUUAGCCAGAGUCAGACAAUCAUUUCCCAUGCUUCCCUCCUUCCGUCUUCCCUCCUUUCUCUGGUCUGCUAGGGCCUUGCUCCUGAGUCUCACCUCUUCUAUUUCUCAUCCCUCCUUUUUAUGUAUCCAUCCUCCUCCUCUCUGACAUCUCCUUUUUUUGUCCCCUCUUUCUCCAUUCCUCCUCUCCCUCCGUUGAGUGUGUUAUGGCUUGUGCUCCUGAGAUUGAAGGGACUCAUGCAGCCCACUCUGUUAGGGGGCACAAGGGAUGUCAGCCCAGGCUUGGUGUAGCCAAUCAGUGAAGAGGUUAUUGUGAGGCCAUAAAGAAUGUGCAGGAGACAAAGGGAAAAGAUUGAAGACGCCCUGCCGACAGCUGCCCAUCAAAAUGCGUUUCAGCAUUGAGGUCGUCAUGGCGUCGCUAUAUCUGUGAGGAUUGGCAUGAUUGCACAACCUGUUAGGUGAGGGAGACUGCACAGGUGAAAACAAUACUUGUUCUAAGAUCAAAGCAAGCACAAAAGCUUGAUUCUUUUUCAGACAACUAAUGGUUGCGAAAGAGGAAAAAAAGGGCCAAAUUAUGGUUAGAUCUAUUUUAUUCCAUAUUCUAUUUGCCUAGAGUUGAGAAUGGUACCUAGAGUUUGCCUAGAGUUGAGAAUGUUGAGAAUGUGGUGCAGACUCUCUGUGUGCAUAUUUGGUUUCGAGUGACGGUGGUCUGCAGACCAGCAGAGGUCUCGUCACCCCCCGCGAGUGUGGCGGGCGCAGCAUGACUCGGGACCCAGGCCCAAGCUGCAUGCACAUUUUUUUUGUAAAACAAAAGCCAGACGAAUUACUUAAAAAGAGACUAGACUAAAUGUGUGUUAGUUCCACAUACUUUAGGCCAGCUUGUAUGUUGCAUGUACUUGUACAGUUUGCUCGUACUGAAUAUGAAUACAAACAGAAAAGCCAUCCGCCAUCCAAGGGCGGACACCGGGGGAAUAAGCUCCGCCCAGGCCACACCUCCCACUCUGCGUAUGAAUAUCCAUAUUAGGAAGUCUCCAAAAUACUUUUUUAUUUUCUUGUGUUCCUUUUGAACCCUUUGGAGAACAGUGCUGUAUCGUAGUACUGAGCAAACUGACUAUCUGAGGAGCUAGGUGUUUUAACUAUAGUCUUUGGCAGUGGGGCUAGGUAGAGAAUGUGUGUAUAAAAACAGAGAUUAAUGUAUAUGAAGUAUAAUUAUGACAUAAAUGAUAAAAGAUAUAGAUAUAUAUGAUUAUCAAAUGAGUGUAUCUGACUAUACACCUAUCACCUAUAAACACACACACACUCGUUGUAAAUAUGAGUCAGGGGGACAAUAUUUACACACACAAAACGAUCCAAACAUUCCUAGUCCUAUGGAAAUAGAUCUGAGCCCCUUGCCCUGUGCUUUGAGAGCCGCUGAGCGGUGCCCAACCACAAGGGGGAGCCAACAGACCUUUCAGUUUCUCCUCAUAGCAGCCAAAACCAACAUGACUAUUUGCAACACAUGCCACCUUGUUUCUUUAACCGCAAAACUUUAAUCCCCGUAUUUUCUCAUGGUUUGGACUGAACUUAAAAACCCAUAAAGAUUUUGUUAGCUGACGUUUUAGUUGAACCUCUUGCGGUGCGGCCCACUGCCCUUUCCUUUGUCAGUAUUACUCCACGAUACUGAUUGUUUACAGUCCAUGAGUUUCCACUCAAAACACGAUAUCUAGGAAAGAAGUAUUCACUUCAACAUUUCUUGUUUGUAUAACAGAUGUGGCUCUACUGGUGUGUAUGUUUUAUAUUCAAGAGUUCAUUUUUAUUAUUUACAAAUAAAAGACUGUGGAAGAAAA